UCAAAUGGCAAGUUUCCUUUAUUACUUCCUCCCCCAAAAACAAGAAACUAAAGAACUUCCCAACAUAUAACUCAGCUCACAAUCACAGUCUUUACUUUCCUUCUCUGCAAAAUUCUCCUCUGCAAUCAAGGCUGAGAAAGCUGACGCCAUGAGAAGAUACAGGAGAGACAGAAUCUCUGGAUUCUGUUUUACCCUAUCAGCGGCCGUCACUCUCCUUUGCUGCUCCAUCACAUGGUUUCCGUUCGUCCAAGAGAUUGCACCUGCUUAUCUCUCCGUUUUGAACAACCAUCUGUUCGUUUUUCUUCUCAUGAAUGCUCUGGUUUUCGUUAUCUACCAUUUAUCCAACGCCAGAGUCGCCGCCAUCACCACAGGACAGAACGAUUCCGCCUCUCAUCAGCUUCUUUACGAUCAAUACGUCUCGAUAUCCUCCUCUCGCUGGAAAACAAUUGCCGACGAGGAAAAACAAUUGGUAGUAUUCUCACCGGCCUCAGCGGAGGCCGUUCAACCCGACGAGAAUAUCUUUCACAACAAACGGACGGGGCGUUCCGAGAAUGCUGAUUGUGCUCCAGUGGAGAAGAAUCCAGAUCGUGACCCUGCGGUGACAGAAACUUAUAAGGCUGAUAGAGAGAAUAAGAAUUUCAGGAGAACACGAUCACAGAAGUACUCAGUAGAGAAGAUAAAAGGGAGUGACCAUCGACGACAGCUGCGGCCAUCGGAAACAGAUAGGGGAACACCGGCGGCAGUGGAGGCCGUACAACCCGACGAGAAUAUCUUUCACAACAAACAGAUAGUUCAUUCCGACAAUGCUGAUUGUGCUCCAGUAGAAAAGAAUCCAGUUCGUGAUCCUGCGGUGACAGAAACUUACAAGGCUGAUAGGGAGAAGAAGAAUUUCAGGAGAACACGAACACAGAAGUACUCGUCAGAGAAGAUAAAAAGAAGUGAACAACGACGAGAGCUGCGGCGAUCGGAGACAGAGAACGGAAGAGAAAUGGUGGUCGCUGGUGGCCGUACGCUGACGAGUAAGUCGGAGCAAGAAAUGAGCAAUGAAGAGUUUAGGCUUAGAAUUGAGAGUUUCAUUGCCAGUCACUACAAUGAAAGGGGUCUAUAGCUGUUUCAAUGGAAGAAUGAAAGAAGUCCUUUACCACAGUCACAUGUGAUUAUGUAGCAGCAGAUUAUAAAUUAAUUAAGGGAAGAAAUUAGGUUAAAUUAAUGAAAAUUUAUAAUUAAAUAUUGAAUUAUAUUAUAUUUCA